AUGGAGAAGUACCACAAUGUGAUGAUCAAGAACGUUGUCAAACUGUGUCAGAUCCAGGACCAUCGUGCUAUCCUGGAGUUUGGCUUUGGUCCAGGCCUGGGGCUCCAGGAGGCUUUGAAGUACCUGAACCCCAGGGGCAGGCUGUUCGGCCUGGACGUCUCAGAGUACAUGCACAAGGUGUCCCGGGAGCGUCUGGGCCCUCAGCUGGCCUCGGGGAAGGUCCACCUGCUCCAGGGCAGGGUGGAGUGUAUUCYCCUCCCGGACCACUGCAUUGACAGAGUCUUCCACUCCAACUGCCAUCUSUACUGGCCGGACAUGGCCAUCGCCACCGCCGAACUGCUCCGUGUCAUGAGGCCAGGAGCGAGGAUGUUGGCAACGUGUGACCUGGGCUUCUUCAAAGGUGUGAUGGUGGAGCCUGAGCCCUACAUGCAGAACCUGAGGGCUGUGGGCUUCCUGGGGGUCAGCAUGGAGGACCUGAUGGAUGAGGGAAAGAGCUUCCAGGUCAUCUAUGCUACCUCUCCACCUCCCUCCACCACCGAGACUCAGAACAGUUAGGAAUACGCUCUGUAUGUACAC